AUUAUGUGUUUUAAAUUAAGAAAAGCAAUACUUGGGCAAGUCCUUGUCUUCAUAAGUUCCGGAGAAAAGACGCACUGCUUCAAACGCACUGUCUGAUUAUCUUUUUACAGUAGUGUAUGUCGAUGAGUGCUUUAAAGCAAGCCUGCCCAAACGUACUGUAGAAUGUUGAUAUAUAAUAACGGAGGUAUCAGUGGUCCACGGAUACAGUUGUUCAUAUUCAUCCGUCUCUCACUUCUUCAUGGAGUCAUAUCUGAAACCAGUAGGGCACGGGAUAUAAUGACCAAAUAUCCACUAAUUGAUGGACACAAUGACUUGGCUUUGCGUCUGAGGAUACAUUAUAACAACAACCUGAGACUGUUUGAUUCACACAACAUUCCUCGUGUAGCUACAGAUAUCAGUCGCCUCACUGCUGGUCAUGUAGGAGGACAGGUCUUUGCAGCAUACGUGUUGUGUACAGCUCAAGACAAGGAUGCGGUCAGACUGACCUUGGAACAGAUUGAUGUUAUUCGUCGUCUAUGUACUGAAAACAAAGAACUGGAACUGGUUACCACAGCUGAAGGAAUGAAGAAGACCAGUGGAAAAAUUGCCUGUCUAAUCAGUGUGGAGGGAGGUCACACCAUCGACAGCAGUUUACCAGCACUACGCAUGUUCUACCAGCUUGGAGUAAGAUCCAUGGCCCUUACACACACUUGCAACACACCAUGGGCUGAGAGCUCAUCUAAACUGUACCAAUUUUACCAGCGAAAGAACAAUAGCCUGACAGAAUUUGGUAAGGCUGUGGUUUCUGAAAUGAACAGGUUGGGAAUGCUGGUUGAUUUGUCACAUAGUUCCUGGGAAACAGCCAGAGCAGUAUUGAAGCAUUCUGCAGCCCCAGUUAUUUUCAGCCACUCCUCAGCAUAUGCUGUCUGUAACAACAUUCGCAAUGUACCUGACGACCUGCUAAUGCUGCUUAAAACAAAUGGCGGGCUUAUCAUGGUGAACUUCUACAGCAGUUUUGUAGCAUGUUCAAAUGAGGCAAAUGUCUCUAUGGUGGCUGAUCAUUUUGACCAUAUAAAGCGGGUAAUUGGAGCUGAAAGCAUUGGGAUUGGAGCAGACUUUGAUGGUGCUCUUGGAUUUCCUAGAGACCUGGAUGAUGUCUCUAAAUAUCCAGCUCUUAUUAGCGAACUGAUAUCAAGGAACUGGACUGAGGAAGAAUUGGCCGGAGUUUUACGACUGAACUUUCUUAGAGUGUUUGAAAAGGUUGAGAAGGUACGUGAUAAUAUGAAUAACACUUCACCAAUUGAAGUAGAAAUCCCAUUUCUGGAGGCAAACAACAGCUGUCGUGUGAUACUGGCCCCUCCAGUCAGGACCGAGAGUAGCCGAAACACAAAAUCUCCUUUGCUGCCUGUAAGUGCUUUAGCCUGGUUUAUUCCACUUUUUGUGCAGGUAUUUUUAUAUUAAAUCAAUACAUCAUCCAGGAAUACAGGUAUACAAGUACAAUCAGACUAGAAUUUGUCUUGCCUUGACCUACUGUAAAUCUCAGCAAGACCAGGGUUGAAAUAAGAGUAAAUUAAUUUGGUCUAGUAACAAACUUCUAUAUUUGUAUAACUAAAUUAAAAUAUUUAUGUUCCUUCAA